UAUAAAAUUUAUAUGUAGUAGGCUCUUUGAUUUAAGCUCAUCGAAUUGCCAACAUCUUUGAAAUAUUUUGCCGAAACUUGUCUGUGAAAUCGAAUAUCUUGUUACCAAAUAAACAGAGGUAUCCAUUUAAACUUCUAAAAGAUCGACAUGGGCAUUGUACCCAGCCAGCCGUUUUUAAGUCGCGAAGAUUUGAUCCGAUAUCGGAUGUCCAGUGGCCUCUCCUCGUACCAGCUGGAGCAUCUGUACAGCCGAUUUUGUGAACUGGAUCGCUUUGAGGUGGGUUACCUGACGCCCACCGAUCUGCUACGCAUCCCCCAGCUGACCCUGAAUCCCAUGUACCGCCAGGUGGUGGACAUCUUCUUUCCCAACCGCGAGCGCGAUGCUCGUCUGGAAUUUGAUAAAUUUGUGGAGAUCUUUGCCAUUAUCCUGAACCCGCAAUCAGGACCCUUUGGUCGCUGCAAGCCUGGUCGGGCUGAGAAACUGCGACUGCUCACCCAGAUGUUCGAUUGUAGUCAAAGUGAAUGUAUCAAGCGAAUUGACUUCCAAAUAGCCAUGCGUUAUCUAUUGGAUCACGGGGGAGAUGCGCAAGAGGAGGAGGUCGAGGUGGAACUGAUGCUCCUGGAAUAUCAGGCCUUUGGGAAUAACACCCGCAAUCGGAUCUCAUAUGAAGAGUUCGAAGAGCGACUCCUUGCCGCCGAUGUAGAUCUCACCAGUAACAAGUGGUCAUCAAAAGAUGAAUAUGAACAUGAGGUUCAAGACAAACCAUUAGUGUCACAGGACAGUAUCCUUAAAAAGCUAACAACCUGGAUCUCCAAUUAUUUCUUGUCUGUUCGAGAUAUUUUUUAUCAGUAGCGAGAGAAUAAGUAAGGAGAAACUUGAGUAUAUAUUAUUUAUACUACUCGUAGCUAUCUCUUAUAGCUUCUCUUGUUUUACAAAAUA